CAUACUUCAUAAUAUUAUUUAAUUAAAUUACAAUUUUUUUCUUAAGUUCAAAAUAAGUCUAAUUAUAUUUGUUGUGGUAUUAAUUAUUUUAUUAAAUUGACAAAAUGAGUGAUGACAAAUCACUUCCAGGUUCCAGCCUGGAGUUGAAAAUAAUGGCUGAAGACAGAAAAUUUUCCAGUCUAGAAGGCCAUGUAUGUGAAAAUACAUUAAAAGGGAUAGAAGACAUGGGAUUUACAGUGAUGACUGAAAUUCAAGCCAAAACUAUACCACCAUUGUUGGAGGGACGUGAUUUAGUCGGAGCUGCAAAAACUGGCAGUGGGAAAACAUUGGCUUUUUUAAUACCUGCUGUAGAAUUGAUUUACAAACUUAAGUUCAUGCCCAGAAAUGGUACUGGUUGUAUAAUUAUAUCUCCUACCAGAGAAUUAUCAAUGCAGACUUAUGGUGUGUUAAAAGAAUUGAUGAAACACCAUCAUCACACCUAUGGUCUUAUGAUGGGAGAUGCAAAUAGACAAACUGAAGCUACAAAAUUGUCUAAAGGUAUAAAUAUAGUUGUUGCCACCCCUGGAAGAUUAUUAGAUCACUUACAAAAUUCUCCUGAUUUUCUUUAUAAAAAUCUUCAAUGUCUCAUUAUUGAUGAAGCUGAUCGUAUUUUGGAUAUUGGAUUUGAGGAAGAAAUAAAACAAAUAAUAAAUUUAUUACCUAAACGGAGACAAACAAUGUUAUUCAGUGCUACUAAAACACCUAAAACUGAUGCACUGACUACAUUUGCAUUGAAAAAAGAACCCAUUUAUAUUGGAGUGGAUGACAGUAAAGACGAAGCUACAGUUGAUGGUUUAGAACAAGGAUAUGUUGUAUGUCCAUCUGAAAAACGAUUCUUAUUGUUAUUUACAUUUUUAAAAAAAAAUAGAAAGAAGAAAGUUAUGGUAUUCUUUAGCUCGUGUUUGGCAGUCAAAUAUUUUCAUGAAUUAUUAAAUUACAUAGAUUUGCCUGUUAUGUGCAUACAUGGUAAACAAAAACAAGAAAGGCGAACAACUACAUUUUUCCAGUUUUGUAAUGCAGAAACUGGUAUAUUGUUAUGUACUGAUGUCGCUGCUAGGGGUUUAGAUAUUCCAUUAGUUGAUUGGAUUGUUCAAUUUGAUCCCCCUGAUGAUCCCAAAGAAUAUAUUCACCGUGUGGGACGUACAGCUAGAGGUGAAGGUAGCAGUGGACAUGCUUUAUUAAUUUUACGUCCUGAAGAAUUAGGAUUCUUACAAUAUUUAAAAAAAGCAAAAGUACCAUUAAAUGAAUUUGAUUUUUCAUGGAAUAAAAUAUCGGAUAUACAACUACAACUUGAAAAACUCGUAGCUAAAAAUUAUUUCUUACAUAUAUCUGCAAAAGAAGCAUUUAAAUCAUAUGUUCGUGCUUAUGAUUCACACCACCUAAAACAGAUAUUUGAUGUUGGCACUUUGGAUAUUACAAAAGUCGCUGCUUCAUUUGGAUUUACUACACCUCCAGCUGUAGAAUUAAACGCAAAAGCAGUUCGUCCACGAAAACGACAUGGUGGCGGGGGUUUGGGAAAAUUCAAUAAUAUGAAUAAAGGUGAUAAAAAAGUAUUUAAAUUUGUACAACCUCCAGAAAAAAAGAAAAAAAUAAAUAAAUGAUAGUUAUUGAUUUUUAA